AUGUCAACUGCUCCGCAAGUCAACAUCCCCGGCUGUGGUACUGUCCAGGGCAUCCUGGCCGAGGCCCAGCCGACCGUGGCAAAGUUCCUCAAUAUCCCCUAUGCCACCGUACCUGAACGCUGGCGUUCUGCUGUCAAGGCUGCUCCCUGGAACGGUGUCCGCGAUGCCUCUAUGCAGGGACCUGUAUGUCAACAACCCAAGAGCGCAAACAUGCUGGUCAGCAUGGCCUCUGCCGAUGUUGAUGAGGACGAUGAUGAGGCAUACGCAAAGGUCUACAACGAAGAACACUGUCUCAACCUCAAUAUCUUUGCACCCAAGGACCAACUGAACAAAUCACAACCUUUGAUACCAGUCAUGGUAUGGAUACACGGCGGAGAGUACAAAGAUGGCAGCAAUGCUAUGGAGUUGUACGACGCCAGUAAUAUGGUCGCACAUUCGAUCAGCAAAGUCGGCCAUCCGGUUAUUGUCGUCGUCAUCAAUUAUCGCCUGAACUACUUUGGAUUCCUUUCCUCGGCCGAGCUUGUGCAGGAUAUCCAGUCCGACAACCGACUUUCUGCCAACGAAAAGGGCGUCGGCAACUGGGGACUGCUGGACCAAAAGAUAGCGUUGGAAUGGGUUCGAGACCAUAUUGCAGCCUUUGGUGGCAACCCCAAGGAUGUCACGGCUUUUGGGGAGUCUGCUGGAGCGGCGUCCAUUGGAUACCACCUUUCGAUCCCGGCCCACCAUGGUCUUUUCCAGCGCGCCAUCCUACAGUCGGGCUGCAGCACUACCAUGACCGCAGGGCGCGCCGAACUAGAAGGCCAAAGGCAGUUCGAUCAGCUUUGCCGGCACUUUGGGUUACACGAAGCGAAUCUGUCCGGGCCAAAAAAGAUGGAGAGGCUGCGAAGGAUCUCGGCCAAGGAGCUUGUCAAGGCCGGGGACAAUGGCAAGGCUGGGAUGUUUAUUCCUACGAUCGAUAAUGUCCUGAUCAAAGGCGAUGUCCGUGAAUGGCUCCAUGACCCGACAAGAUACGAUCCGGGCGUCAAAUCGGUCAUGCUGGGUGCCUGUCGUGAUGAGGGAAGGAUGUUUGUCCCGGAGAUUGGAGCAAAGUCCAUGAAGCACUGGCCGCGGUUCUUGCCGAGACACUGCCCACCCGGGGAGGAGAAGGAAUUCGAGAUGGUUUACGGACUUCCCAAGACAGAUGCCGAUGCUGCAAGGAUCUCAGCUCUUGUUCUGAGUGAUACGGUCUUCUUGUACCCGAUACACGCUACCACUGUGGCGCUCAUGCGCACAAACGAGGUAAAUCUAAGCAGGGAGCCGGUCGAGAUUGCUCGUUAUUAUUUUGACCGUCCUCUGCAGAUUGUCGAGGACAUGGGUCUGGGACUGGGUGCACAUCAUGCGGUCGAGCUGCCGUUCCUUUUUGCAGCAGACACGUAUCUCGGUCUGUUCACAGAGGCAGAGAAGGUCUUGUCGCAACGGCUGAUGGAGGUUUGGAUCUUGUUUGCUUGGGGUGUGACAAGUCGUCAGUACGGGUUGAGGCAUGGCCUAAACUCGGUGCUCCCUGCCGAUGUGGGAGAGGGCAAGGAGGAGGCUCUGGUCUUUACGGAGCAGUGCACGGUGGAGAAGACGCGGGUCGAGCGAAUGGAUGCCAGGACAAUUGCGUUCUGGAGACGCAGCGAGGCGUGGGUGAAGCUUAAGCGCGAGGAGCAGUCGAGACAGCGACAACGACAGGCCCAUAUAUAG